UCCUACGGGCGCUGUUGGAACUCCAGUAAGUCGUGGUGAUGUUGUGGUUAUCCAUGCCGCCGACACAUUCUCCAAUCAUUCUCUUCUACGGAAGGCCACCUGUUGCGAGAGCUCCCCACGCAUGGAGUUAAGCUCGGACCGUGCGGUGGCAAGGCUGGAGAUGUCGCAGAUCCAGAGCGAAGACGGGGAGCCUUUUAAUGAGAGCAGCGACGGGGAAUACGAGAGCUUGCCGCCUCAUGUCUCCGUGACGACCCACAUGACAGCCGGAGCCGUGGCAGGCAUACUGGAGCACACGGUGAUGUACCCCGUGGACUCUGUCAAGACACGAAUGCAGAGCCUGCAGCCGGACCCCAACGCACAAUACAAGAGCGUGUAUGAAGCCCUGAAACGGAUCAUCAAGACGGAGGGGAUCUUCAGACCGCUGAGGGGCCUCAACAUCACCAUGAUGGGAGCGGGGCCCGCCCAUGCCCUCUACUUUGCCUGCUACGAGCGCGUCAAGCACUCUCUGAGUCACAUCAUUCAGAGCGGAGGCAACAGCCACAUAGCCAACGGCGUGGCAGGGAGUGUGGCCACUGUUCUGCAUGAUGCCAUCAUGAAUCCAGCUGAAGUGGUAAAGCAGAGGAUGCAGAUGUACAACUCUCCCUAUCGGGGACUUUGGGACUGUGUUCGGACAGUGACGCACACCGAAGGCAUCGGAGCCUUCUACCGCAGCUACAGCACUCAGCUGACCAUGAACAUCCCCUUCCAGGCAGUUCACUUCAUCACCUACGAACUGAUGCAGGAGCAGCUGAACCCUCACAGGCAUUACAACCCGAGCAGCCACAUAGUGUCGGGAGCGGCGGCGGGGGCGGUUUCGGCCGCGGUGACCACUCCGCUGGACGUUUGUAAAACGCUGCUCAACACGCAGGAGAAUGUCGCGCUGAGCUCUGUGAACAUCAGCGGCCACCUGUCGGGAAUGGCCAAUGCUUUCAGGACGGUGUACAGGCUGGGAGGUCUGGCAGCAUUCUUCAAAGGCGUCCAAGCUCGGGUUAUAUACCAGAUGCCCUCUACUGCCAUCGCCUGGUCGGUGUACGAGUUCUUCAAGUACUUCUUGACGAAGCAGAAGCUAGAACAAGAGGCGGCAUCCAGGCAGCUGUGAUGUUCACCUUUCCUUGACUCAUAAAACACUCCAAGACUUAAGGAUGUGAGAGUCAGUGAGGAGGAAAACGUCACCAGGCGGCAGUGUGGCGUUUUAAUUCCACUCGUCAUUGUCAUCUUAUUAUCUGGGUUUGUGUUUUUUUUUUUAUUGUUAUUUUUAGCUACAGCAAUGGCUGCACAACCACUCUAUGCAAAAAAGAGGAUUUAUCUCAAAUAGACAAAUAGUGUCAUAUUUAACUUGCACCGUUUCGCUCCACUACCAAGUCGGUCACAGAUCAGUUCCCUGGUGUCUCCAUGUGAUGAGCACAUGAUGAAGUUGUCCAAAACUAUGUUUAUUUGUCUGAAAUAUUGGAACUUUUUAUUUAUUUGGUUAUCUUCCUCUAGCUUGGAGUUUAUAGCUGCAGAGGAAAGCACAGUGCUGUUUGUUUUAUGUGUUCAUGAAAACUUUUUUUCGACAUUCUUUAAUUCCAGCACUCUGCGGGAGAGAGCAAUGUUAUAUAAGUGCCUAACUAAUAUCAUACACUGCUCCACCCAUUUUUAUUUUUGUUGUGCUUUUACAUAGGAAUACUUGAUUGGUAUUUAAACACGCACACUUCUUCUGUUCUUCCUCAGUAAUAGCAAACCAAUUGCAGGUGAAUCUCAGUAAAUCCGAAUAUAGUAACAGAUUGUAUUUUAUUUUCAGGAAUGCAAUUCAAAAUUUAAAUCUCAUGUUUUAUAGAUUAUUUACUAGCAAAGUAAUAUAUCAGACUGAUUUAAUUGCUGAUUUUGAUGCUUAAUGGCAUGCAGCCAAUGGAAAACCCAACACAAAAUUUUGCAGGAAAUUCAAAUUUUGCAUAAGACCAGUAAAAAGCAUUAUUAAUACAGCAACGUCAGUCUAAGAGAAGUAUAUCUAUGUACUGUAUUGUGCAUGCAGACAGCUCUCGGGAGGAGCUCCUUACUGCAGCGGUGCAGGGCUGCAUGAAGGUGGUCGGCUGAAGCAUGGAAGUAGCCCAGGUUACAUAACUCCCUUCAGCUCAUCAUCAGCGUUGGGUCUGUGAGGCCAGGUGAAGGCAGAUGCCAAGACCUGCUGGAUUAUGUAAUCUGGAUUUAUUGGCUGCUGGUCCACAACUAGACAAUUGCUUUGUUUAUAUGAAUUCAGAGGAUAUAUUUAUAUACCGAAAUGGUCUAUUCCUGAGAAAUCACUUGGGAUCAGAGCCGACUGUUGCCUUGGAAGACGGCAGCAGUGACUGGCUUUUGUGAGACUUGUUUUGUCAUACCGACCUUAAAGGCUUUAGAUUGUCUGAAUCAUCCAAAAAUAUUUCUUAUGUUCUCCUUAUGCAGAUUAUGUGAUUAAAAUAUACGCUUGUAAAUGAAGUUUUUAAACUAAGCAAUACUGCUGCACUGGCUGUCCUCAUGGGGUCAGUUAAAAAAACAAAACAAACAAAAAAAACCCUGAUCUGAUCAAAUCGUUUUAUUUUCUCCCAUUCUGUUGAAGUCACACAUUUCCUGUGUGCUCUCUUUUUUUUGUUGCCUAUUUUCUAUUUUUUGAUUAAGCUUUCGGCACUCUGAUUUAUUUGUUUAUGAUUACCGAGAGUGUUUUUUUGUUUUGUUUUGUUUAUUCUGAAGACGUUUGUCAGAUUCCAGUGUUCUCUUGAACUCCAUGAAUUGCUCUGGCUUGUGUGUUCAGGCAGACAUAACCAAACCAAAGAUAUGUGUUGCUUUCUUUUUACAUUCUGCUUUUAAUCAAUCCACUCUUUCCAUCUCUGCCGUUUACCCUCGAUAUAAUGUUAAGUUAGUAAGAAAAACUUGAAUUAAUUUUUUACAGCUUCUGUUUUAUAGAUUGAGAUUUUCUACAACUUUCACUUUUCUCAAAGUGUUUUUUUAAUGUUUUUAAUUUGCCUCAGAUAAGCAGAUUUCAAACCAAGUUUUUAGGUACUUGUCUUAACCUGGUUGAGCUCGUUUAGCGUAUGUAACCUUCUCAUGUUGCUUUCAGUUCAAUAUGACUUCACAGAAAUGCAAUAGAUUUUACCUACAACAUAAAUGCAACUUUAUAUGUUUGAUUAUAUUUGUUUUGCUGUUUUAUUGUAGUAAAAUCAUGCCAUAUCUCAGAUCACUGACAAAACAUUUUUCCUCUUAUAUGAAAAUACAUUUGCCUUUGAAAUGCAGGCACUCAUCAUUCAGAGUGAGGAGAAAUGUUUUGAGACUAUGAUCACUUUUAAAUUAAGAGGAAAUGUGUGUAUUCUAUGGAGGGAAGAGUUUCGUGAUGUAAGUAUGUUUAUAGUAUUUAUGUAGAGUUGACUAAAGCAGGAGAUGGUCUUACCUUUGCUGAGUUGCAUCUCCGGAUCUGGAAGGCUUGGAAUUUUGACAAUGCAAACAAAACGUGAUUGUGAAAAUGCUGCUACAGUUUGUAACACUGGAGCUGAAAUAAACACAGAUGAGGAACGCUG